CGGGUCAGGGCGUUGUAGAUCAGUCAUGUACCCAUCGGGCAAAUUGGACAUAAAAUUGCUGUCCGACAGCCGACGACGCAGUUUGCUUUAUUCACAGACAAAGACAAGGAAACAUGGCUGUUGCAAACUUGCAAUACAUAACUCGGAUGAGCAGUGGCUUCAAAGUCUACAUCUUGGAAGGUCAGCCGAACCUAAGAAGUGAAGAUAGAUUCAGGCAUAUGACAAAUGAGAGAGUUCGAGUACCACCAGUGCAUCCAGUCAAGCGCAAACACAGCUCUGAGCGUGGCCUAACAUUGGAAGAAAGGCGAGAGAGGGCACAGAGCAAAAGCAACAUGAGAAGUGCUCAGAGGCCAGCUGUGUUUAGUGUUCCCCAGAGCCCCACAUCCUCCUGGAGCCCAACCCCAAGCCCCACAUCCUCCUGGAGCCCAACCCCCAGCCCCACAGGUCAUCUUCCCCAUCAUGUGUAUCCCACACCCCCUAUGGAUGAACCACUGGACCUAAUUAAGAAACCAAGGAAAGAGCCUGAGGGGACAGAGAAGGAAACCAAAAGCACUACAUCCACUGAUCAGAUACAGAUGCGUCCUUCUGUGAUCACCUGUGUCUCCUCCACAAGAAAGCCCACCUGCAGAUCUGAGAUCCGCAGCAGCAGCCACUCCUCCACAGUGCUAUAUAAGCACAGCUAUGACCAUGUGGUGGAGGAGCAUUUCAAGAGAAGCCUGGGGAUGGACUACCAAAGGGCCAGCUCCCGCCAACUCUCCAUCAGCGUUUCUGUGGAUGACCACUUUGCCAAAGCCUUGGGAGGGAAGUGGCUUGAGAUCAAAUCUAAAUCCUCCUCGUGCUCCUCGUCUACAUCCUCACCACCCAGCAGCCCAAGUGUCACUCACUCCCCCAGCUACAGCCACAGCCCAAGCCAAGCUCCCAAAGAGUCUCAAAGUACCACUACUCCCACCUCCAGCUUCUGGUCAGUCAAAUAAAACUACAGAGACCUUUCCUGGAGAAAGAAUGAACUUUGAGUAGCUUUUUAUGCAAUACAACAGCAGGUCCAUGCUUUUCAACGAAUGAAAGCACAAAGGAAACAGUUAUUGAGCAAGGGUAGACUAGAGAACGGGAAUGCAGGAAUACUUACCUACUCUAUGGUUGAACCAUUGAGAGCAUCUCUAUGAGUCUAUGCCCUGUUUGUGGAAAGGGGGUUUAUUGGUCUAAUUUCAAGGGACAAGCAAAUGUUACAGUGAUGUGAUGUCUUUAUUUCUCUUAAUUUCUGUCACAGACUUUUUCAUAGCAUAUCUAUCUCUGAAAUAGAUGGCCAUUAUAUUUCAGUAAAUGUGUCAUAUUUCAUGCGGUGAAGAUGCCACAACUUUCAUGAUUGUGUAUUUAUACUGUAUGUUUUUAAUGAACCUGGAUCCUAUUUUCAGUCUACUAAACUACUGUGCUAAUCUCCUGUACAAAAAAAUUCACCAAACCUGUUCAAUACAGUAACUUUGUGUUUUUGUAUAAAAUCAACUUAAAAAUGACAAAUCAAAAAUAAAAACCUAUUUGUGACUGGAUAUUACAAGUUGAGGCUUUUUUAAAUAAAACAUACUUAACUUAAAUUAACAAUAUUCUUGUAUGAAAAGCAACCUGGUGAUUUACGAAAACCUUUUGAAUGUGCAAUUUUUAUAUGAUGUACUUUGAAAAAUAUGGAGUGCUUUGAACACUGAUAAAAUGCAUUAUAUAAAUUCAAUUCAAUAUAA